GUUUCAGCACCCAAAGACAAUGAAGAACGUGUGUUCCGGGAACGUAUGCGCCCCAGAAAGCGGCAGGGUGCUGUGCGACGCAGAGUACAUCAGGUUAAUGGGCACAAGUUUAUGGCCACCUAUCUUAGACAACCAACAUACUGUUCGCACUGCAGAGAUUUUAUAUGGGGUGUAAUAGGAAAACAGGGAUACCAAUGUCAAGUUUGCACUUGUGUAGUCCACAAGAGAUGCCAUGAACUUAUAAUAACGAAGUGUGCUGGCUUAAAAAAACAGGAAACUCACGAUGAGCAAGUGGGAUCCCAGCGUUUCAGUGUCAACAUGCCUCACAAGUUCAGCAUUCACAAUUACAAAGUGCCCACCUUCUGUGACCACUGUGGUUCAUUGCUCUGGGGUCUUUUGAGACAAGGUUUACAAUGCAAAGUUUGCAAGAUGAAUGUACAUCGACGCUGUGAAACAAAUGUGGCACCAAACUGUGGAGUGGAUGCUAGAGGCAUAGCUAAAGUUCUUGCAGAUCUUGGAGUCACUCCAGAUAAGAUCACUAAUAGUGGGCAGAGGAGGAAAAAGCUAAUUGCAGGUGCAGAGACUCAACAACCAGUUCCUGGAAGCGCAUCAUCAGAAGAAGAUAGGUCAAAGUCAGCACCCACUUCUCCAUGUGAUCAAGAAAUCAAAGAGCUGGAAAACAACAUUAGGAAAGCGUUAUCAUUUGACAAUCGGGGAGAGGAACACAGAGCAACAGCUACAACGUCAACAGACAACCAGCUGAACAAACCUGGGGAGAACGGUGAAAAUGGGGAGGUCAAACAGGCCCAGAACAAGCGAAUAGGCCUUGAAGAGUUCAACUUCAUCAAAGUAUUAGGGAAAGGCAGCUUUGGCAAGGUAAUGUUAGCUGAGCUAAAGGGAAAAGAUGAAGUAUAUGCGGUGAAGGUCUUGAAGAAAGAUGUCAUACUUCAAGAUGAUGAUGUAGACUGUACAAUGACGGAAAAGAGAAUUCUGGCAUUAGCACGGAAACACCCAUACCUAACACAACUGUACUGCUGCUUCCAGACAAAGGACCGCCUCUUUUUCGUCAUGGAAUAUGUAAAUGGAGGAGACCUAAUGUUUCAAAUCCAGCGUUCGCGCAAAUUUGACGAACCUCGAUCCCGCUUUUAUGCAGCAGAGGUCACAUCAGCACUCAUGUUUCUUCACCAACAUGGCGUCAUCUACAGGGACCUGAAACUGGACAAUAUUCUUCUGGAUGCAGAAGGCCACUGUAAACUGGCUGACUUUGGCAUGUGCAAAGAAGGGAUUCUGAAUGGAGUGACCACCACAACCUUUUGUGGCACACCUGACUAUAUAGCUCCAGAGAUCCUCCAGGAGUUAGAAUACGGCCCAUCAGUAGACUGGUGGGCUCUGGGUGUUCUCAUGUACGAAAUGAUGGCUGGGCAACCCCCUUUUGAAGCUGACAAUGAAGAUGAUCUUUUUGAAUCCAUUCUUCACGAUGAUGUCUUGUAUCCAGUUUGGCUCAGUAAAGAAGCUGUCAGCAUUUUAAAAGCAUUCAUGACAAAAAACCCAAAUAAGCGACUUGGCUGUGUGGCGUCACAAAACGGGGAGGACGCAAUUAAGCAGCAUCCGUUUUUCAAGGAAAUUGACUGGGUUCUUCUAGAACAAAGGAAAAUCAAGCCACCCUUCAAACCCCGGAUUAAAACCAAAAGGGAUGUAAAUAACUUUGAUCAAGACUUUACACGAGAAGAACCAGUAUUAACGCUAGUGGAUGAGACAAUUAUAAAACAAAUCAAUCAAGAAGAAUUUAAAGGGUUCUCUUAUUUUGGAGAAGAGCUACUGCCAUAGACAACGUUAGGCUGACAGAUGAACGAUGCUGCAAGAAGUGAUUCUGAAGAGAUCGUCAAAUUCCUGAGACUCAGUAGAUCAAAAACUGCUUCUCUUACCCUGAGCCCAUAUCCCCAGUUAAAGUAUAUAUUUAUUGUUGGUUUUUUUCUUUAAUCUUCUGACCUGAAAGCACUCUUAAUUUCUGUCUCACAAAGCAAUGCAAAAUAAUUUUGUAUCAGAAAUUGUAGAUGUAACACACUGCCGUAUAUUUGCAACUUUUCUUUUAUUCCUAAGAUCUCCCCAGAGGACAAAAUUACAUCUUCUCCAUGGAAAAUGAAGCCAUGCUAUUAAAAGCAAUUUAGCAGAUUACAUUCCGUAAUUGUCAUAUGUAUUUAAGCUAAGGACGUGAGAACUGUUUCUUCUGCGCUGUUGGUUAAGGUGAGAUCUGUAUUUAGGUAUGGAACAAAUACGUAAUACGUUGCCCUUUGGUAAGCAAAGAAGUCUACCUUCAUGGAUGUGUAAUGAAUUACAAAUUUAUUGUGGUGAGGUACAAACUUAAAAUAAAGCUGUCCAGAAAAAGAAGCACAUCAAUUACAACUUUUGAUGAAGUUCCUCAUGCAAUUUACAAAAAACUCUUAGGAAUAAGAAGAGUCACAAAGAUAACUGAAAUUUUAUUUAAAGCAAGAAAUAGAUACUAUAUGGAUAGUUAUUAAAGGGCUAAAGAAUAAAAAGCCUAUAGUACUUUAGCAUAGCUAUACAUAGGCAUUUUACAGUUUUUCAGGCAAUUGGGUGUACUAUCCAUGUUACCAAAUUUAGUAUCCAUUUAAAUGAACCAUUAAUGUGAUGGCAAGCUUGCAAAUGUUUACAGUUAAUUUUAUGUUAAAAAUUAAUUAUAAACAUUAUCAAUUUGCCUUUUCCAUUGUAGCUAAGUUGAUAAAUAAUUUCUUAUUUAUAUUUAUUUUCUCAGCAGUGUGUUACUUUUGCACACUUUUACAAAACCAUAAUACUACUGUGUUUGUUGUUUUUUAUGUUUAAAAUCUAAAGAGAAAUCUGCUUUUAGAAGACACAAAAUAAGGCUACACAUGCAUUAUGUGGAAGUGUGUUAAAAAACUGAAGAUCAAACAUUCACAAACUGACAUUAUUGAAAGCUGUAAAUUGAAUUUUUUUGUGUAUGAAUUGAAAUGGUAACUCAUGUGGACAAUAUUACUAAUGUGAAGUUACCUCCUGUAGAUACGCUAACAGUGUUAUGUACUUAUAUUUCCAGGAGUACCCUGUGGUUUGGGUUUUGGUUUUUUUUUUUUGUGUACAUGUAUCGCUGAGGUCAUUUUAUUAUAUAUUUUACUGGACUGAGUGAGCGGUCAUUGGAAUCCAUUUUAAUUGUUGCACAUGGAUUUCCAGCUGCACAAAAAUAUAUAUACUUGUGAUUGGCAAAGUGGCACUAAAGAAGCUUUUUUGCCUUUUGUACAGGUGAGAUUUUGUAUAUAGUGUUUGCUGCAAGGCCUGUGGAAUUCAUUGAAUAUAGAGGUAUCAACUGCUGCAUGUUCAGGCAUACUAUUAAAAUGUUAGUCUAUGAAAGAAUAAUUAUAAUAAUGUCCAUGUGCAAUACUCUUGUAUGUGUAUUGGUUCAAGUUACUGUCAGAGAGAUGAGGUUUUUGUUAUAAAAGAUGUAGACAUAUAUUAAGCUAUACUAAAUCUCUUGUAUAGUUCUCUUCAACUCUAUUAUGACAUGAUAGAGCUCAGAAAGAGAAAGGAAUGUUACAAAUCGUGGUGGACAAAGUGUGAAUCAUUGGCUUUAAGAGAUAAUCUCGGUCUCAAGCAGAUGAGUUAGUUUGUGUCAGUUUUGCGUCUGGCUGCUCAUAGCCUGUUACUGAUGACAACAUUCAGUUCCAUUUUGUUUUGUUUUUAAAACUCAGGUGUAAUUAUUAUAUAUAUUCUUAUGAUGAUUUCAAAAUAUUAAAUAUUAUGAUAUAUCAAUUAAUGUGUUGUCUGGCCUACAGGUGUAAUAAUGGAUCAAGCCUUUAGUUUAAUUUAAUUUAUCUUCAGUAAUCUUUUGUACUGGGAAAAGACUAGCUUCUGGAGCUGAGUACCAGCACAGAAACAUCUUAAUGAUUGCAUCAUCUCAAUGUUUAAAUUUCUUUCUCUUUUAGAAAUAUAUUGUAGAACUGCCCAUCAAUUUGUGUCUCGCCACUGGCUCUGUUUAUUUCUCAUCACAGUUAGCUUUUGACAUCCAGGCAAGAACUGAUCACAAUGCUAAAGCGUUCUUUUCCAUAGGUGAGUAGACUGGCUAGGAAGACAAGUUAUCAGAUAGUGCACUACUGUUUGUACAACAAGAGGCCUUUACAGAAAACUCUGAGCAUUUAUUUUGAAGGAAUAAAAGCCUCCCAUAAAGCUUUUGUAAGCAAGCUGUGUAGUCUGCAUUCCCGUUUCUAACGUGAAGAUAAUUAGCAAAUGUUUAUAUUUCAGGCCUCAGCACCUGCAAUGUUUGCUAGGAUGCUAAGAGAAAAGUGAAGGAGAUAAAAACUUUUGCAUGGGCAGAUAUUUCUUCAAUAUAAACAGUUAGAUCCUCUGCAUUGGGUUUACAUCAGAAGGUUUGUCUGUUACCUUGAACAUUUUUUAAAGAUAAUUCUUAAAAAUGGACAUUCUGUUACAUUUCUGCCUGUCCUGUAAAAUCUUUCUUGUUCCUUCUUUGUAAAAUGAGUGCAAAAUGCCAAAAAGAUUAUUAAUAAUAACAAUAAUGAUAAAGAAUCAAUUGUUUCUUGUUUUUCCUCCCAAAUAGACUUUAUUAAGAAAUGGAAACACGUUUUUCUCCAUAGGGUGAAAAAUAAUUCUCUCCAAAAAAGGCUUACAAAUUACCUCUUUUUAAAUUAUGUGCAGAAUAGUUCUGGCUAAAUAUAAAAUGUAUUCAGUUGGGGGGGUAGUUUUUUUUUAUUGUGAGGAUUUAUUUGUACAGAAUUUUUUUCUUAUGGAUGUAAUUUGAAUCUCUUGCCAUUCAUUAGUGUUAUUUCAUCGUAAACAUUAUUACUGUGCCAAAUGUACUGUAUUCAAAAGGAUGUGAAUGUGUAUUGUUUCGGAACCUAAUAAAUACAAUGAUGUUAAAUCUUA